GUCAGUGACGUCACAUUUUAAUGUCGGCGUGCACAAACAAUCGCCAGUGCAGGUCCUCCUGAGUGUGUGGAAUGGCAAUCUCUAUUGCAAUCCUAGAUUGUGACCUGCUGCUGCACGGCCGUGGUCACAAAACACUUGAUCGUUUUGAUAUCGAGACAGUGCCCGAUGAAUUUCUGCUGACAACAUUCGGCUUCCCACGUGAGUUUAUUUAUUACCUGGUGGAACUGCUAAAGGACAGCUUGUUGAGACGCACACAGAGGUCACGAGCCAUCAGCCCAGAUGUUCAGAUACUCGCAGCCCUGGGUUUCUACACAACUGGGUCCUUCCAGAGCAAGAUGGGAGAUGCAAUUGGCAUCAGCCAGGCCUCCAUGAGUCGGUGUGUUUCUAACGUCACUAAAGCUCUGAUAGAAAAAGCACCAGAGUUUAUUGGCUUCACUAGAGAUGAGGCCACCAGACAGCAGUCUAAAGAGGAGUUUUACCGAAUAGCAGGAAUUCCUAAUGUCAUGGGAGUAGUGGACUGUGCACAUAUCGCCAUUAAAGCUCCCAAUGCUGAUGACUCUUCCUAUGUAAAUAAAAAAGGAUUUCACUCAAUCAAUUGCCAAUUAGUAUGCGAUGCCAGAGGACUGCUGCUGAGCGCUGAGACACAUUGGCCAGGUAGUCUAACAGAUAGAGCUGUCUUUAAGCAAUCAAGUGUGGCAAAGCUGUUUGAAGAGCAAGACAAUGAUGAAGGUUGGCUUUUAGGUGACAACCGUUACCCCCUGAAGAAGUGGCUUAUGACUCCAGUGCAGAGUCCGGAGUCCCCUGCUGAGUACCGCUAUAACCUGGCCCACACAACGACGCAUGAGAUUGUGGACCGCACAUUCAGAGCCAUUCAGACACGUUUCCGCUGCCUGGAUGGGGCAAAAGGUUACCUGCAGUACUCCCCAGAGAAAUGUUCCCAUAUCAUCCAGGCCUGUUGCGUGCUACAUAACAUUUCCCUGCAGUCCGGCCUUGAUGCCUGGACUUUUGAGAGGACUGAGGCCACUGACCAAUCAGGCGAGGAUAUCGAUCCAACUGACACUGUUGACCCAGAGGCUCUAAGAGUUCGACAGGAGCUCAUCCAAAAUCAUUUUAGCUAGGAUGGAAUACGGAAUUCACCAUUUAACAGUUUUAAAGAUACACAUGCUAGUGUCUUCCUGUAUGCUAAGAUUUUGUUAAGGGAUAGUUCACUCAAAAAAAAAGAAAAGAAAAAAGAAAAUUCUGGUUUUUAAUCAUAAUUGAAUCAUUUACUUACCCUCGGGUUGUUCCAAACUUGUAAGACUAUCUUUCUUCUGUGAAAAACAAAAGAUUAUAUUUGGCAAAAAAAAAACAAAAAACAUUUUGGUCACCAUUCAUUUUACUGUAUGGACAUACAGU